AUGGCCCUCAGCUGGAGAUCAACCCGCCAUGUCUCUAAGCUUGCCCAGGCAGCACGGCCUGUCCUUUCGGCGCGUCACUAUGCGACCGCCGAGCCUGACCUGAAGGCCACCUUGAAGGAGGUCAUCCCGGCUAAGCGGGAACUCCUCAAGAAGGUUAAGGCCCAGGGUGAUGAUGUAAUUGGCGACGUGAAGGUUGCCAAUGUUAUUGGGGGCAUGCGUGGCCUCAAGGCCAUGCUCUGGGAAGGCUCCGUCCUGGAUGCGGAUGAGGGAAUCCGCUUCCACGGCAAAACAAUUAAAGACUGCCAGAAGGAGCUGCCCAAGGGAACAACUGGCACAGAAAUGCUACCCGAGGCCAUGUUCUGGCUCUUGCUGACGGGCCAGGUGCCCUCAACGGGACAAGUUCGUGCCUUUUCGCGCGAGUUGGCCGAGAAGUCCGAACUUCCCUCCUACAUCCUAGACCUGGUCAAGUCUUUCCCCGCUACAAUGCACCCUAUGACCCAGUUGUCAAUUGCUGUGGCAGCCCUCAACACCGAAUCCAAAUUUGCCAAGGCCUACGAGAAGGGCAUCAACAAGGCCGACUACUGGGAGCCAACUUUUGACGACAGCAUCUCCCUCCUUGCCAAGAUUCCUCGCGUGGCGGCACUCGUCUUCCGUCCUAAUGAAAUUGAUACCGUUGGCAACCAGAAGCUCGAUGGUGCUCAGGAUUGGUCGCACAAUUUCGCGGAGCUGCUGGGCAAGGGUGGUUCAGAGCAUGCCGACUUCCACGACCUCCUCCGUCUUUACCUAGCCCUGCACGGUGAUCAUGAGGGCGGUAACGUAUCAGCUCACACAACCCACCUUGUCGGAAGCGCCCUGAGCGAUCCCUUCCUGAGCUACAGCGCCGGUCUCCUGGGCCUGGCGGGUCCACUCCACGGCCUAGCCGCCCAGGAGGUCCUCCGCUGGGUGAAUGCCAUGCAGGAGAAGAUUGGAACCAAGUUUACCGAUGAGGAUGUUCGCACCUAUCUCUGGGAUACCCUCAAGUCCGGUCGUGUGGUUCCUGGAUAUGGCCACGGUGUUCUGCGCAAGCCCGACCCUCGUUUUGAGGCUCUGAUGGACUUUGCCGCCACCCGUCCUGACGUUCUGGCCAACCCGGUGUUCCAACUGGUCAAGAAGAACUCAGAGAUUGCUCCUGGCGUGCUUACCGAGCACGGAAAGACUAAGAACCCAUACCCCAACGUCGAUGCCGCCAGCGGUGUCCUCUUCCAUCACUUUGGCUUCCAGCAGCCUCUUUACUACACCGUCGCCUUCGGUGUCAGCCGUGCUCUUGGCCCUCUGUCCCAGUUGAUUUGGGAUCGCGUUCUUGGCAUGCCCAUUGAGCGCCCCAAGAGCAUCAACCUCUUGGGCCUUCUCAAGAAAUAG